AUGUUUGGUGCCAGUCCGGAGACGCACGAGCUGGUCUUCACCUCUGGAGCCACCCGCGCCCUGCAGCUCGUGGGCGAGCUCUUCCCCUGGUCGCCGGGGGGGCUCUUCCUGCACGCGCGGGAGAGCCACACCAGCGCUCUCGGGCUCCGCCAGCUGGCGCGCCGCGGCGGUGCGCAGUGUGGCUGGGUCGGGCUGGACCAGCUGCGGGAGCUGAGCGAGGGACUCGCUGCCGCCACCCUGCUGCCCGAAGAGGGCCGCCCGGAGGCGGAGGCCGUCGGCAAGCUCUCCGACGACUCCCUGCCCAGGGGUCCGAACUUGCUGGCCUUUCCGGGCGAGUCCAACUUCGACGGCGCCAGGGCGGAGCUGGCCUGCGUCGCGGCGCUGCGCUCCGGGCCCCUGCGCUGGCGCGUGCUGCUCGACGCCGCCAAGCUGGCCUGCCUGCCCGGGGCGCUGGACCUCAGCAGGUGCCCUGCGGACUUCGUGGCCGUCUCCUUCUACAAGAUCUUCGGCUGUCCCACGGGGCUGGGGGCGCUCAUAGCGCGCCGAGAGGCGGCGGCGCUGCUCGGGCGCCCAGGGGCCCCUGCGACCGGCCGCCCGGUGUGCGGCGAGGGGCCGGGCGCUGGCCUGGCGGCGUCGGCGGAGAGCGGCGCGCCGCACUGGCAGGGCAUCGCGGCGCUGCCGCGGCAGCUGGCCCUGGCCCGGGCCGUCGCCCCCGACGCCGACCGCUGCCGCCACGUGCUCGCGGUGUGCCGCCGGGCCUACGUGCGCACGCGCGCGCUGCGCCACCGCGCGGGGGGGCUGCUGUGCACCAUCUUCGGCCGCCACGAAGACCCCCAGUGGCCGGACGUCCAGGGGCCCGCCAUCGCGCUCGCGCUGAGCUGGUCGGACGGCGCGCCCGUGCCCUACGGCCUGGUCCAGGAGCGUGCGCGCGCCCGCGGUAUAGUCCUGCGCACGGGGUGCCACUGCAACGCGGGCUCGUGCCAGGCGCACCUGGGCCUGACGGACGCCGACCUGCGGCACUUCUACUCCUCCGGCAAGGUGUGCGGGGACGACCUCGGCAUCAUCGACGGGCGGCACACCGGGGUGGUGCGCAUCUCCUUCGGGCUCUACUCGCUGGAGGAGGAUGUCGACCGCUGGGUGGCCUUCCUGCGCGAGGAGUUCCUGGACCGCUCGGCGGCCCCGGCGCCCCGCGGCGCGCCCGCGCCCCCGCCGCACGCGCCG